AUGCAAGAGGCUUUUGUCAUUCUCGAUGCAUGCGACGAGGUUCCGAUUCUGUCGGAACGUCGCAAUGAAACUCACAUGCUAGGGGACUCGAUGACUGUCAACCGCAGUCGCUUGGAGCUGAAUCACGGCUGGAUUCAUCAACAGCGUCAGCACAAGAGAACGGAGCUAUCACAAUUACAGAUGCAAUCGCAACGAAUGGAUAUGUACUUCUCACGGUUGACAAUAGAUCGUGGCAAGAGAGACUCAAAAAGGACUCGAGUGAGUCCUGCUACCCUUCAUAUGCAGGAGCUGCAGGAACCUGAUGCAGAGCUUUUUAAUUUGUCGCUUCAAAAGUCGCCCACACAUGACAAGUAUCGCUUGCAUCCAGCACUUAGAAAGGAGCAGUCGAUGGAGACAGUGUCGCUGUCGAGAUCAACAGUACUUAGCUCGGAACACUCGGGUGUAUAUGAUUGCAGUCCGUCGGUGCUGCAAAAUGACCCCGUGGCUGCUCGAAGAGAAAUUAUGACGCGUAUGGACGAUAUGUAUACGGAAGCCAAGGCAUUAAUUAAUCCAUACACAGGAGCUGCAGCGUCGUUGCCAGCACUCAGUUGCCACUACAAUGUCACAUUGGACCCGAAAAAAGGUCCGAUUUCAUUGUUAACAUCUGAGACACCAUUAGGUUGCAGUUUGGAUCUAGCAAGAGAAUUACUAUCAGCGAUCAUCCCCAUUUCAGAUUCAUUCCAGCUAGCCUUAAAUACUCGGGCUACAAGGUCGCAUGCAGAUGGUGAGACGAAGAAUUCGAUAGAAGUCGGAGGCUCAGAUGUAACUGGGCAUCCAGACGGUCUCGGACUCACAAGGCGACACACGCAAAAAGACAGCGAAAUUUCUAUUUGGGCGGCCAUCUCUUUUCACCAAAGUGGUAAAAUCUUGUUUCGAGAAAGUUUAUGGAUGGCUGCAACUAAUUCAGCACAGUCGGUAUCUGAUGAAUCUGUCGUUCGCGUCAACUAUCGCUUAAGUGCUGAAAAAGCGGAAGGUUGUACUUUGAUUGAUGGUGAACACAUUGACCAUAUUCGUAAUCAAGCUAUCGAGGCAAUCGGAGCAAAGAUGAAGAAAAAUCAUCAUAUGCUUCAAAUGAAAAUGUUGAUCGAAACGGGAAGAUCGGACAUGGCCAGCUUGAUAACGUAA